AUGGUCAGCUUCAACGACAAGCUCUAUUUAUUCGGAGGUACGAACGGGAUGCAAUGGUUUAAUGACGUCUGGUCAUACGAUCCGCGCACCAACCUUUGGACCCAACUCGAUUGCACCGGCUUUAUCCCCUCCCCUCGGGAGGGACACGCAGCUGCCCUUGUUGGUGAUGUCAUGUACAUCUUUGGCGGUCGUACCGAGGAAGGCAUGGAUCUAGGAGAUCUUGCUGCAUUUCGCAUCACAACGAGACGGUGGUAUUCUUUCCAUAACAUGGGCCCUGCUCCUUCCCCAAGGUCUGGACACAGCAUGACUGCAUUUGGGAAACAAAUUAUCGUCAUGGCCGGCGAGCCAAGCUCGGCGCCCAGGGAUCCGGCAGAGCUCAGUCUGGUCUAUGUCCUCGACACCGCUAAAAUCCGCUAUCCCAACGAGCCAGCCCUGGCAUCUCAGAACGGGGAGAGGGUUCCAGGGGCGCGGAAGAUGAGCGGGGACAAGUCCGCUCCGCCGACCGGUCGAUCCUCGCGGGAAGCUCAACAUCCGCCGGUCGAUCAACCGCGACGAGGCCCUGCUCCUGCCCGCGAAAGCAUGAUGGCCUACCCAGGUGGCCGGCCGCCGGCGGAGUAUGGCCCAAGUUCAGGCGCUUCGGGGUCACGGCUCCCGCGAGCCUCUAUAGCUCAGGCCCCCUCUGGACCGCCGCCUCCUGGACAAGCUCCAACGCCAACUUCUCGAAACAAUGGUCCACCUCCGGGGGGUUCGAGGAGCAGAACUCCCACGAAAACGGAGCGCGGUGUUGGCUCCCCGGUGGAGACGGGCCGAUCAGUUGCGGCCGAAAGAGACAUGCAAUCACCACCACCUAAGGAUUCUCCCAAAGAUUCCAGACCUGCUACGGAACAGGGUUCUGCGGGCCGUCGGACCCCGACUCAACAGACAUCUAAAUUGGCUGCCAAGGCGAUGGAGGCUGGCGAAGCAGCUCCCCUGAUGAGCGGCCCGACACGCCAGCGAUCUCUGCAGAAGCAUCGUCAGAGGGCCUCCAUGGAUAGCACGGAUGAGUCGGUCCUUGGGAGACAAAGCCUGGACGGCUCAGUCGAGUCACGGAGCCACCGGAACUCCCGAAAUCUGGGAGACGAGCCCCGUUCUCCCAAGCUUACCGCUCAGCAGGAGGCCUUGAUCAAGGAACUUGAAGCGGCGAAGACUCGAAAUGCGUGGUAUGCUUCUGAGCUUGCUCUCGCUCGAAAGGCGGGAUACGUUCCAAACCCUUCGAACAGCCCAGCGCUGGAUGAACGUGCUAUUGAGGCAUUUUCAGAUGAGGAUCGACCUAUGAUUGAGGCCUUCCUUGCCAUGAGAGCUGAACUCGCGAAGAUGCAGGCGACUGUGGACCGCCAGGCAGCCAUUGCCUCCAAAAGAGUGGCCGAGGUGGAACACCAGCGCGAUGUUGCUGUCAGCGAGGCAGCAUACGCCCGCGCGAAGCUCGCUGCUCAUGGGGGCAGCCAGCGAGGCUCCCCCCCACUGGACGGGUCUCGUGACGGCGAAGAGGCUCACUCGGAGAGAGUCUCGGACUUGAGUCGGAGGUUGGCUAUGGCCUUGGCUGCACAGUCAGAGCUCAAGGCCAAGUUGGAGGUGAUGUCCACCGACCUCGAGCAGGAAAAGCGUGCUCGAGAACUGGCAGAAGAGACAAACGAAGCGACGAGGAAGCGAUUGGCCGAGCUGGAGAUGCAGAACAACACACUGGAGUUGGAGAGCCUACGCGCCGAACUUCACCAACUCAAAGCAACCGUCAGGGAAGAGUCUUCACUUCGAUCAGAAGCGGAGGCCAACUUCAAACAAGUCUGCCUUGACAAAGAAGAGUUGAUGCAUAAACUGGAGGAGGCCUCUUCUCGUCUCAAGGAACACGGCGGUAACCUAGGAUCCCUCCGUGAAGCCGUGGCAGCUUCAUCGGCGAAAGCUGCGCUGCUGGAGAAGCACCUUGAGGAAGAACGGGAACGUCGAGAAGGGCUUGAAAGGAAACUACUGCAGUUGCGAGCUGAACACGAAGAACGAACGGCGGAGCUUGAAACCGCUACUCGUCGGUUGAAAGAUGCCGAGGAGCUUGCGGAGAGCAAUGCCCGCGAAGCGGAAAGCCAUAAGCUUGCGUUUCUGUCGGGUCUUGAUCGGGCAUCGUCGUUUGAUUCGGACAGUUCUGUGCGGUCUAUUGUAGAUCAGCGCGUUGUCGCUUUACAAUCUCAGGUCGAGAAAGCCAACAAGCUUGCCAAGGCCAACCAGACAGCUGCCGAUGAGGCGGCCGACAAGUUGAGACGAGCGGAAGAACGCAUCGCAGGUCUCGAAGCGUACCAGGAGCAAGUUAGCAGGGAAGGCCUUCAGCUUCGCCGACAGCUACAAGCAGCAAUCAAAGAGAGCCAGGCGCUGGCUACGGAGAACAAAGAACUCAAGGCUCAGCUUGAGAAUCAGCAACGCGAGACCAGUGCUUUGGCCAUCCAGCACGGUGCGCUUAAGGAUCUUCUGGGUGAGCGGGGAAUCAACGUGUCAGAAAGCAGACGGUCACCAUUGCUCGAUUCACCUGGCUCUCGCUUCGGAACCCCUGAGCAGAAUCGUCUUCGCGAACUGGAACAGCAGCUCCAAGCUAGCCUGAAGGCCCACGAGGAAACGAAGGCUGCAUUUGAAUCUCGCGAGCAGGAAGCGGACCGCGCCUACCGAGAGAAGUUAGAGCAGCUAGAGAACGAUUACCAGUCGGCCGUGCAUUAUGUGAAAGGGACCGAGAAGAUGUUGAAACGGAUGAAGGACGAGUUGGCUAAAUACAAAGCCCAGACCGCCAAGUUGCAGAACGAAUUGGAGAAUGCCCAGAAGAACGCUGGACAAUCCUCUAGCCAAGCGUCGGCAGCGCCAGCUGAAUGGGAAUCGGAGCGUUCUGCUCUUCAGAAGUCGCUUUCCGAGCUUCAAGAUCACAUGAAAUCCUCCGUUGCCAAUCUUGAGGGUCAGAUUGCGACGCUGAGAGAGGAGCUGGCCGCCACUCAAAAGGAACGCGACCAGUCUCGGUCUGAGUAUGAGACGGCCAAACAAGAAUUCGCUGCUGCCAGCGAGAAGAGCCGGGCCGAGCUAGAACAGCUGAAGCGGGAGAAUUCCUUGCUGGAGUCCCGUGCACUGGAUGCCGAGCAGAAAGUGACCAUGCUCCUCGAUCAAGUCGAGGCUUCUGUCGUGAACUAUCGUCGCCAGUCGCAGCAUGGACAAGGUGCCAAUGGAAUCUCACGCCCUCACAGUUCUGCAUCAACCGUUACAAUCGGACUCAGCGGCCGCCCUCGAGCGGACAGCAGCAUCUCCCAGGACGACUCGUUCCUCAAUAACCGCGGCUCUCUGGCGUUGGAUUCUCUCGCCAAUGAACUCGACGCACUGCGCAGCCAGUGGGAGAGCACCAACCGUAAUUACCGGAUGAGCAGCAACUUCGACUUCGAUCGGACCCCAACCAAGGAUAGUUCCGACGGCGGUGGUCUGAGUGAAAGCCUCGCCAACUGGAGACGUAGAUUGGAGGAGGAGGAGGCGAGAGCCAGCAGCCCUACGGUUGGUGCAUCCGAGCAAAAGAAGGCGUCGAACUCUGAGCGAGCUGCCAUUGGUAAUGCUAAUGCCGGACACGAUAUGAUAUAA